AGCACCGGGACAGCCCCGCGCGAUUGAUGGGCGGCUCCUCCGCCCUGGACCGGCCCGCCUGCCCCGCCCCUCGGCCCCUUUAGCCCCUUGCAGGCGGAGAGGACUGACCCGCAAGGUCGGCGAUCAAGAAUCAUGUUACAUGAAGCAAAGGAGAGGCAGAAGUUCGUCAGUGAUAUUCAGUAUCUGCGGGACAUGCAGCACAAAGUGGACUCAGAAUACCAGGCUUGUCUAAGACGACAGGAAUACAAAAGAGACCCAAAUGAGAAGAAACGAGAUCAAUUUUGGGGGCAAGAGACAAAUUUCGAGAGAUCCCGGUUUUCAAGCGGGUCAUCUUCCAAACAGAGUUCUGGUGAUGAGGAUGCUCAAGCCGAACCAAGAUUAUCUGCCACGAGUUCUGCUUGUAAGACCGAUUCUAGACUUCCAGCAAUUGACCAAACCUCAGUCAAGCAGAAACAUAAGAGUACCAUGACUCCCAAGAAAUCAGAGAAAGCGGGCCCCAGCAAACCCCCUCCAGCAGCCCAGGCACCACAGAUUUUAUCAAGGAAGAGGAGGCCAAACCUGGGGAGACUGACAGUCAGCCCAGAGAUGCAGAGCCCACGAUUGUCUGGGAACAAAAGCAGACAGAAACUGCAGCGGCCUGGGAAGGUACCUACCCUCGGGGGAAUAGAUCCAAUAGUUCAACAAGAACACCCAACAUGGGCAAGUGACACCAAGCUGAAGAGGCCAACACGAGAGAGAAGAAACUUGGUCCCAUCCUCACAAGUAAUAAUGGUGAUGGAAAACACCCCCACUGAGGGAGCCAGAAAAGGAGACCCAAGCGUGCUCUCCCAGAGCGAGCCACACCCAGCCCUACCCCAGGCCUUCCAAGGAACACACAGUCCCCAAGAAUUGAGCGAGUCCUUGGGGAUACCACUUGCAGCCAGCACCCUGAGAGGGCCGAGAAGAACCACGUUUCGGUUCCGAGAUGAAGACUUCUAUUCCAUUUUAUCCUCAAACCCUGGAGGAGAAAAUGAUGACACAGAAGAGGAAACCCACGUGGAGGAAGCACUUUUGAUGGCUGGCAUGCACCUGCCCCGUUCUCCUUCCAGUUAUAAGAGAAGUAGAUUCCUUGGGACACUGGCCACUCAGGCCAAAAAUAAAAAUUCUGAAGAAAAUCCUGCACACUGCAGAGCGAAUUCUAUAAGGAGGAGUGAGGCCAGCCAUGGCUCCUUAAGAAUUAGCAAUGCAGUGGAGCCAGUGACAGAGCAAUCUUCUGUCAGGCAAAGGAUAUCUCAAAACCCUGGGUUGUCUGAUGGGGGAUCUAUUAAAAGGAAAGACAGCAGUGACAGUGAAAGUGAGAAAAAGGCCUCUUAUUCAUGGGACACCCAAUCCGAACCCAGCCUGGAGGAUGACAUCAAUGCUGAAAAUGUAUCCUAUGAUGGUAUCUCUAUGGAAGAGAGGCCUUGGACCCAUGCUUAUGAAAGAGACUGGCAAGCCUGUUUAAGUGAGUCUAGUAACCCUCUUGAUUCUUUCCUUGCUGGUAGACCGACAGCUCCAAGAUCAUCAAUGAAUUUGUCCCAUAACAUGCCUGGAUCAGUCACACAUUUCACUCUGAGAGAUGAUACUCUGGCAGACCUGCCCCCACCAUCUACCUUAGUUCCCAGUUCAGACUCGGAGGGAAGUUCCAGGUUUGGUCAACCACUGUCCUCCAUUAGAAACAGGAAUCUACUUGCUGGUGCUGAAAAUUGCAGUUAUUUUCCAGUAGAUAGCACACAUGAACUUGAUGUCAGGGCAGCAGAAGAUGUUACUUCAACAAGCCCAUCUCAGGAGGCUCCAUUAUAUACAGACAAUCUCUUGCCGAAUCCUCAGGGUAACUUGUCCUUGAUGGAGUCUUCCAGCUCCUCCCCAUCAGGAAUGAAUGUACAAGGCCACUUGCAUGUGGCGCGGUCUCUGCAAGAAAAUAUACCUUUUACGUUCUUUGCAGUGUCUGAGUUCCCAAACCAAAAUGAGAAUGGGAGCAGAAUGGAGUUCCCUGGCUUUUCCAAUGUAAAGGGAACCCCUAAAAUGAAGACGGAUCCUGAGAAACUCAAGAAAAUACAAGAAAGUCUCCUGGAGGAGGAUUCCGAGGAGGAGGGAGACUUGUGUCGCAUCUGUCAGAUAGCCGGGGGUUCCCUCACCAACCCUCUCCUGGAGCCAUGCGGCUGUGUGGGAAGCCUGCAGUUUGUUCAUCAGGAGUGCCUGAAAAAAUGGCUGAAAGUGAAAAUAACAUCAGGAGCAGAUCUUGGUGCUGUAAAGACCUGUGAGAUGUGUAAGCAAAGCCUACUGGUCAACCUGGAUGAUUUCAACGUGACUGAGUUCUACCAGAAGCACCAGCAGUCCCGGGUACAAAAUGAGCUGAUGAAUUCAGGCUUGUACCUGGUGCUGCUGCUUCAUCUCUAUGAACAGAGGUUUGCAGAACUCAUGAGACUCAACCACAACCGGGUCACUAGAGAGAGGUUGUCAAGAAACUACCCACAACCCAGGCCGGAAGAAAAUGAAAGUUCCGAGCUGGGAGAUGGGAGUGACAGCAGCAUUUGUGAAGGCAGCAGCCGAGUUGUCUAGCAAGGGAGCUGGCCCUGGAGCUGGCGGGGCAGAAGCCUUCCUCCUGGCCGCCCUUCCUCCGUGCCCACAAGCCUCCCUUCCUCCUCCUCGCCACUGAAACCGAAACCCACGUUCCCAGUUAUCUUUUUCACCUUCUGCCACUCUCUUUUUGGGGUCUGGCUCGAGCAUCCACAGACAGCAACAGCGAUCCGCUCAGUCCCAGGCCUGGGCUUGCUGAGCCCCCACCGGCUACCCAGCUGCUGCCCUUCCACCCAGAAGUCCAAGGGGACCCAUUGGCCCUAGUGGGUGGGCCCCAUGGCCUGGGGUCCCUCUGCGGAGGGCGCCCCUUCAGGUCUCACUCCACCCUGAGUGGAAUCAGUAAACUGACGUUAUUCACCCA